UCACACUCAAACUUGGUUUUCCCUCAAUUCCCUUAUUCUCUCCGAUCCUUGGCUUUUUCCCCACUUUUGAUAUAUGGCUUUGCAAUCCGUCAAGGCGCUGGCGCAGAAGAUACCGCCGCCGCCACUCGCGGCGGUUGAUGUUCAGAAUUUCAAGAAAAAGCGUUCCAAGCGUCCGGUCACAGAGAGCCUGCCGCAGCCUGAGACAGAGGAAGAGUAUCUCGCUCUCUGUCUUGUCAUGCUCGCUAGAAGUGGCGCCACCGCCCCUGACCCGGGAAAGAAACAGAGGGUGGAAAGUGAGGCGGCGGCGGCGGCGGAUCAAGAACUGUCUUACAAGUGCACCGUGUGCGAUAAAUCCUUUUGUUCCUAUCAAGCACUUGGUGGGCACAAGGCCAGCCACCGCAAACACAUCCUCGGCGCCGACGAGAGCCACCCCUCCACGUCAGCUUCCAUCACGGUGGCGGUGGCGGGGUCGAACGUCUCCGCCCUGAACCCUACCGGCAAGCCCCACGAGUGCUCCAUCUGCCACAAGUCCUUCCCCACCGGUCAAGCUCUGGGAGGCCACAAGCGCCGCCACUACGAGGGGAAACUCGGCGGCGGCAGUAAAGACGGUGGCCGCAGUGGAAGCGCCGUCACAUUCUCCGAAGGCGCGGCUGGGGUUUCGAGCCGUGUGAAGAUGGAAUUUGACCUGAACGAAUUGCCACCGUCACCGGAGUUGGAGCUUCGCUUAAGCGUUGACCACGAAAUAGAAAGUCCCGUGCCGGUCAAGCAAUCGCGUUCAUCGUUUCGGGAAGACGUGCUUAAUUAAUCAUUAUUUAUUGAAAUUUGAUUGUUAAUUCUGAAUUAAACAUAAUUACUGCGAGGAUUAGUUUCCUAAUUUGAUCUUCGUGUACAGAUAGAGAGAACGUACGUAGUAGUUGAAUUGAACUCGAACUUCUCCCCAUUCAUUCAUUGAAUUGAAUUUGAUAAUAACAAUGUUCAUUACCUUAGUUAUGUUGAAAUACCCUUAGUUCAA